ACGCAUUUGUAUGGUUAAGCAACAAUAAAGUCAAGGACUUGUUAGUUGCAAAACCACGUUUUCUUUUUUAAAUUUUGGUUUUCGAUAUCCACCUCUAGAUGUCAGAAACUCUUCUGUCAUUAAACAUGGUGGCCGCGAUGAUGGAUGUGGAGGAAACAACAUUUGAUCUCUUUUUAAGAUAUGGACUCUUUUUUGGAGCAAUCUUCCAAUUAGUAUGCAUAGGCGCGGCGAUUUUUGGACCUGAGAUUUCCGAAAAUCAUUCCAAGGAUGAAAACAGCGAAGAUUCUGGUUCUGAACAUGGUAGUCCAACAAAUGCAGGCCCCAAACAUUCUGGACAGCACAGCCGACGAAAGAUUGAUAAAAAAAAGAGGAGGUGAAGAUAACCAUCACAUAUGUGAUCAAAUCUCACACUUAUAUGUAUUUUCAACACUUGCAGUGUUUUUUUAAGACCCAGUUUUAAGUUAUUAACUCAGUUUUAUUGAAUUGGGGUUGUUUUGUGUUUCUUUAAAAUUUUCCAUUUAAAUACAUAGAUGAUAGAUGGAACAAAACAUGAGUUCAGGCUUUCAGGGCUUCUGAUAUAAUUCUAGUGUAUGAGAAAUGAGGUUAAUGGUUGGGCACACACAAUAAACAUUACUUCAAACAAAAA